AAACUAAUACGCAACUUGAUCGAAGUGGAAACGAGUGGAGUGUCACGCUUUGCCAUCACACCCCUCUAUCUGCUCACUCACUCCGCCCAGGAACCGUCAGUUUCUAGAAGGAAGAGCUUAGACAUUAAAGAGAAACGCGCUUGUGUGUGCCAGCUGAUCAGAGUGAAGAUGGCAGAAGGAAAACUAGGAGCAAACAUUGGGGGUAACAUCGGCGCGGGAGCUGGCAUCCUGGCCAAACGCUUUCAGAAAUCAAUGAACCGCGCUCAGGAGAAGGUAAUGCAGAAGUUAGGGAAAACCAUGGAGACGAAAGAUGAGCAGUUUGAAGAUUGCGCUACCAAUCUGAGCAAACAGCAGGCAGAUGGAAUCAAGCUCCAUAAGGAUGUUAAGGCUUACUACAAUGCAGUUAAAGCGAUGCAUGAGUCGUCCAAACGCCUGUCCCAGACACUUAAAGAUAUAUAUGAAUCAGACUGGGAUGGUGUAGAAAACCUGACUUCCAUUAUGCAGUGUGAGGAUCUUCUUUGGAAUGACUAUGAGGAGAAGAUGAGCGAUCAAGUUGUUAGGACAAUGGAAAAUUACACCGGACAGUUCCAAGAAGUCAAAGAAAGAGUAGCCAAACGGGGAAGGAAGCUGGUGGAUUAUGAUUCAGCUCGCCAUCAUCUGGAGGCCCUACAGAACACAAAGAAGAAAGACGAGGCCAAAGUAACCAAGGCUGAGGAGGAGUUCUAUAAAGCACAGGAGGUAUUUGAAGACAUUAACAAAGAGUUGAGAGAGGAACUGCCUGUUCUCUAUCAAAGCCGUAUAAGCUGUUAUGUCACAAUGUUCCAGAACAUCUCAAACCUGCGAGAUGUCUUUUACAAGGAAAUGAGUUCGUUGAAUCAUGACAUUUAUGAUGUAAUGAAGAAGCUUGAGAAUCAGCAUUCCACAAAGCCCUUCAUCAUGAAAGCCCUUAACAGCUCAAAAUCUAAAAAGAGAAAAUCUGUUACUAUUUCUGCUCCAAUCCCAUGUAACACUGCGUUCCCUUCGGAUAACCCAGCCAUGAGCAAGCCCAGCAUGCCUGACACUCUCACGCACAUGGACACUCAUUCAGACGCUCUCUCAAAGAGCACAGGAAGCACAACAUCUGAAAUAUCAGACUCUGAGUCUAACUCAUUUGACAGCGAACCCAACACACCUGAACGGCUAUCAUUGUGCUCAGAGGGUGAAGGGGUCAAAUCUGAGGCAUCUGCUGACCACACAAUGACAACUACAACUGAGGAGAUGGUGCAUGCGAACGGUCAGGAGCAUUCGAUUCAGAGUUUGGUGUCCAGUGAGCAAGGUGAAGAUGAAGAAUCUGCAGCAUCUUCUGAGGAUCCAUAUGUGCUAGAAGACACCCCACACGCAUCUACAGUGGCAGACAGUGAGUUUAAGAUCUCAUUGGGCGAGGAAGACAAAUCCGUUCCUGUUCCUGCUCCUGCUCCUCGACGAUCCAGCACCUCCAAGAAAACUAAGGGAGACGAGAAUCAAAAUAUUGGAGGGAGCGAAUCAGUUGGGGAAGAGGAUGUUGUGAAAGGCCAAAAGGCAGAUUAUGAAACUCCACCUGGCUUCCUCUACAAGGCUAUAGCGCUUGAGAGUCAGGACUCGGAUGAAGGUAUGCUUCUGCAGUUUGAAAAGGAAGAUGUGAUCCUUGCGUUUGUUGACGAUGAAGAAAAGCCAGAUGGCACUGUCUGGGGUGUGAGAGAGCAGGACUGGAUUCAGUACAAGGACCUUACACUUCUAUCAGGCACUGUCGAUGAGACUAUGAUCCGGAAAAUCCCCUCUGACUAAGACAUGUCAUGAAGUCUUACUGAGUGCCCAAGAUGUUGUAAUAUGAACUCUGUCUGCCCUUUGUUCUAGACAUCCAAGCAGAUUUGAUUUCUGUAGUAGGCCUAUACAAUUUUCUUUCAGCUUCCUUUUGUCUCGGGACUACGCACAGCUGCACAUUUAGAUUCUCUUCUUAUUGGCUUUUAUGAAUUCUUAAACUGAAUACUGCUUUUGUGCUUUAUUUGUGGUUAAAAAGUUCACUAGAAUCUUCAAUUUCAUGUGCAAGAAUGUAUCACGAAAAAAUUACGAAGCACAGCAGUAUGCGUAUACUAUGCAAAAAAUGUUUUUAAAUGAAAAUGUUUUCUAUUGAAAUAAGUAUUAAUGUAUUGUCUGUUGUGUAUUGGAUGAGUAGUUGUAGCUAUUCCAAUGGUUUCCAUGCAUGCAUCAAGAGUAUCAUGGUGUGUAUGUUGUGUCUCGUAUUAUUUACAGUGUUAAAGUUUUAUGCUCAGCAAGUGAUUACCAAGCUUUGUAGAAUGUUUACAGGAUAAAAAAUAGCUUAUGUGAGUAUAGGCAUUUCAUAACUGUGAAGAAGUUUUCAUAUAUGAACAAACUAAAUAAAAUUUCUUGUGUUUUUCUACAAUAAAGUUGACAGAUGAAAA